GUAAUCUUAUUUGCAUGAUGCAAAUCUUCGUCAAAACCCUUACUGGCAAGACCAUCACCCUUGAGGUGGAAAGCUCCGACACCAUUGAUAAUGUCAAGGCCAAGAUCCAGGACAAGGAAGGAAUCCCACCAGACCAACAGAGGCUUAUCUUUGCUGAACAGCUGGAGGAUGGCCGUACUCUUGCGGACUACAACAUUCAGAAGGAGUCCACGCUCCACUUGGUCCUUCGUUUGAGGGGUGGUAUGCAAAUCUUUGUUAAGACCCUUACCGGCAAAACCAUCACCCUCGAGGUGGAAAGCUCCGACACCAUUGAUAACGUCAAGGCCAAGAUUCAAGACAAGGAAGGGAUUCCCCCGGACCAGCAGAGGUUGAUAUUUGCUGGUAAACAACUCGAGGAUGGCCGCACCUUGGCUGACUAUAACAUCCAGAAGGAAUCCACCCUUCACUUGGUGCUCCGUCUCCGUGGUGGUAUGCAGAUUUUUGUGAAGACACUCACAGGGAAGACCAUCACCUUGGAGGUUGAGAGCUCGGACACCAUUGACAAUGUCAAGGCUAAAAUUCAAGAUAAGGAAGGUAUCCCGCCAGACCAGCAGAGGUUGAUUUUUGCCGGUAAACAACUCGAAGAUGGCCGCACCUUGGCUGACUACAACAUCCAAAAGGAAUCCACCCUUCACUUGGUGCUCCGUCUCCGUGGUGGUAUGCAGAUUUUUGUGAAGACACUCACAGGGAAGACCAUCACCUUGGAGGUUGAGAGCUCGGACACCAUUGACAAUGUCAAGGCUAAGAUCCAGGAUAAGGAAGGUAUCCCCCCAGACCAGCAGAGGUUGAUCUUUGCUGGGAAGCAGCUUGAGGAUGGCAGGACUCUUGCUGACUACAACAUUCAGAAAGAGUCGACCCUUCACUUAGUGCUUCGUCUCCGUGGUGGUAUGCAGAUUUUUGUGAAGACGCUCACCGGGAAGACCAUCACCUUGGAGGUUGAGAGCUCAGACACCAUUGAUAAUGUGAAGGCUAAGAUCCAGGAUAAGGAAGGGAUCCCCCCGGACCAGCAGAGGCUAAUCUUUGCAGGGAAGCAGCUCGAGGAUGGCAGGACUCUUGCGGACUACAACAUCCAGAAGGAAUCGACUCUCCACCUAGUCCUCCGCCUUCGUGGUGGUUUCUGAAUGCAGAUCUUUGUGAAAACUCUUACUGGUAAGACAAUCACCCUCGAGGUUGAAAGCUCGGACACAAUUGAUAAUGUCAAGGCCAAGAUCCAGGAUAAGGAAGGGAUCCCUCCUGACCAACAGAGGCUUAUCUUUGCUGGCAAACAACUCGAGGAUGGCCGUACACUUGCUGAUUACAACAUCCAAAAGGAGUCUACCCUCCAUCUUGUCCUUCGGCUCAGGGGUGGCAUGCAGAUUUUUGUAAAAACCCUUACUGGCAAGACAAUCACCCUUGAGGUGGAAAGCUCCGAUACUAUCGAUAAUGUCAAGGCCAAGAUCCAAGACAAGGAGGGCAUACCACCUGACCAGCAGAGGCUUAUCUUUGCCGGCAAACAACUCGAGGAUGGCCGCACUCUUGCUGACUACAACAUCCAGAAAGAGUCAACCCUGCACCUUGUUCUUCGUCUCAGGGGUGGCAUGCAGAUCUUUGUAAAGACUCUUACUGGCAAGACCAUCACCCUCGAGGUGGAGAGCUCUGACACUAUUGACAAUGUCAAGGCCAAGAUCCAAGACAAGGAGGGCAUCCCACCAGACCAGCAGAGGCUUAUCUUUGCCGGCAAGCAACUUGAGGAUGGCCGCACUCUUGCUGACUACAAUAUCCAGAAAGAGUCAACCCUGCACCUUGUCCUUCGUCUCAGGGGUGGCAUGCAGAUCUUUGUGAAGACUCUUACUGGCAAGACCAUCACCCUCGAGGUGGAGAGCUCUGACACUAUUGACAAUGUCAAGGCCAAGAUCCAGGAUAAGGAGGGCAUUCCACCAGAUCAGCAGAGGCUAAUCUUUGCGGGUAAACAACUUGAGGAUGGCAGAACCCUUGCUGACUACAACAUCCAGAAAGAAUCAACCCUCCACCUUGUCCUUCGUCUUAGGGGUGGCAUGCAGAUCUUUGUAAAAACCCUCACUGGAAAAACCAUCACUUUGGAGGUGGAGAGUUCUGAUACUACUGACAAUGUCAAGGCCAAGAUCCAAGACAAGGAGGGCAUCCCACCUGAUCAACAGAGGCUUAUUUUUGCUGGAAAGCAGUUGGAGGAUGGGAGGACACUUGCUGAUUAUAAUAUUCAGAAAGAGUCAACCCUCCACUUGGUCCUUCGUCUGCGUGGUGGAAUGCAGAUUUUUGUGAAAACUUUGACCGGUAAGACCAUUACAUUGGAGGUGGAGAGCUCUGACACAAUUGACAAUGUCAAGGCCAAGAUCCAGGAUAAGGAGGGCAUACCACCUGACCAGCAGAGGUUGAUUUUUGCUGGAAAGCAGCUUGAGGAUGGGAGGACUCUUGCCGAUUAUAACAUUCAAAAGGAGUCAACUCUGCACUUGGUUUUGCGCCUUAGAGGAGGGAUGCAGAUAUUUGUCAAGACCCUGACUGGUAAAACAAUCACCCUUGAGGUUGAAAGCUCAGACACGAUUGACAAUGUGAAAGCAAAGAUUCAGGACAAGGAGGGAAUUCCCCCGGAUCAGCAGAGGUUGAUCUUUGCUGGGAAGCAGUUGGAGGAUGGUCGAACUUUAGCUGAUUACAACAUCCAGAAGGAGUCCACCCUGCAUCUUGUCCUUCGCCUCCGUGGUGGCUACUGAUUUGGGUUCUAUCACUAAACUGCGUUUGGUGUCUACUUAAUAUAAUUUGCUUUUGAUGAA